AUGUUCGCCCCGGCCCUCCCGCGAAGAUUCUUCCAUCUUGUCCGUCAGGUCGACACGCGGGGUUUUGUUGGGGAUUUCCGCCGGCUUCGCCACGUCAGCAGCGCGGACAGCACCCACGAAGUCCGGGCCGCCCUCGCGGCCUCGCAGAACGUCCUCUUUUGUGGGCACUUCAACACCGGCAAACUCACCAUCCUCAAGGCCCUUGGCGAGCACUGCGCGACGACGCUGGGGCGGCGGGUGGCGUUGGUCUCCGCCGACGUCCGCCGCGCGAGCCGGCUGGAUGGGUAUUUAUUGCACCAUUUUAUCGGCCUGCGAAUGAGCGCGGACGAUCUUCCCUCGCAGGAGCAGCUCGAAGGGACGUUGGAGCGGCAUAUGCGGCUCAUGGAGUCGACCUACGCGGGAAGUUUUCCAAGCCUGGGGAAUACCGACGUGUUGAUUUUGGAUUCCCUCGAGCGCAUUCCCUCCGUGGUGCUGCGUUCGAUGGAUGUGGUGAGUCGCCGCCAGCGAGGGCGGCCGCAAGAGGCGUUUGGCGGGCUGCGCGUUUUCGCCGCGGCGGAUUUUUGGCGGCUUCCAGUCCAUCCAACCAGCGAUACAGGGGAUUAUUUAUUUCAGCUCGAUUCAUGGGACGAGAUGUUCCCUAAGCAAAUUUUACUCGAGCGGACUCACGGGCAGGAAAAGAAGUUGAACGACUUCACACUCAAGGCCCUUUACGGCAAUCUCAACUCGGCUGAUAUCAAAGAGCUUGAGCAGCUUUCUGCCAAAGAUAGCCUCAAGCAGGGCUAUGCGGCCGAAAAAGGCGCUGGUGUCGCGGCGCCCUUCACCGAGGACGAGAACGAUGCCCUUUUGAUGCCUCCUCUCCUCAACGCGCUUGACGGCCCUGGCAGCGUGGACUCGAUGGGACCCCAAUCGAUCACGCCGUGGGAUGAUCUCAUCACCAACUCGAAAGCCAUCCCAUACUUCAUGCCGCGCUUCCCCAAGCAGCCCAGCGUUAAAAUUCUUCCGUCCCGUCAUCGUCAGCUGAAGCGGAUCGAAAUUGGGAACUUUUUGGUUAGCAUUCUUGUGCAGUCCUGCACCGCCGUUUCCGUCGGGUUGGUGGAUUCCCUCAAUGUGGAGCCCGGAUCGAAGGUGCAACUUAUCUUGGAUGGCCAGGCCUCUUACGGCGUCCCCGCCGGCGCGAUUGGCGAGGUCAUGCAGCUCAAAGACCACCACAUCACGGUGCACUUCCCCAAUGAGCAGCGCACCCUUGACAUCCCACGCAUGCGCAUCACGACUUUUCACCCGCAAUUUCCCGAAAUCACGUACGAAAUUCGCCAAUUCCCUCUUUUCCCGCGCCAAUGCGUGUGCCCGAUGAGUAUUUUAAUGUACGACCAUGCCUACCACCUCAACCUGAACGGCCGCCGGAUGGUGGAUACGAACGACCUGGGGAAUUUGCUGGCCCGGAUGCGCUCCUUUUCCGACUUUACGCUGCGAAACACGCGCGAUGUGCUCAAUCGCGACGGGAUGGUGCACGAGCCGACGCGGAUUUACUACCACAUGGUCAAAGGCCUCCCAAUGACGAGUGCGCCGGAGCAGUGGUGCCGAAACUGCAAGUCCUUUGUCCUCUCGAGCGGCUUUUUUGCGCACUGGCAUGCCUGCAUUCGCGCGGUGCGGUGGUGUACGGAGUGCAAUAAAAGUAUUCCCCUCGAACUGCUGGAGCCGCACCGGGAGAAACAUCAGGUGGUGUUGUGUUUGGACUGCGGACAGGCCGUGGAGUGGCGGCAGUGGGAGGCCCACCGCUUGUCCUGCUCGGCGAUGAUGCGUGAGGUGAGCCCGGAUAACGAAUUUCUCCCUUUGCGCACACGCCAACUCGCGCUGGAACUGGGGUUGGAUAAGCGAGACCUCCACACCAUGCGCUCUUUUUCGCGAUCUAUUCUUCCUCAGUCGAAAGUCGGGGUGCAGUAG